GAUUAAAAUAUUAGCAAUUACCUUAAUAAGUAGCUCAAAUUAUGCUCGGCUCUUUUUUUUUCUUUUUGCUAAAAAUUAAUUCAUAAUACUAAAGUGUAACAGUAGCCGAAAAGGCUGGCUACAGGACAGACACAUUUUUUUUUAACAAAAUGUGGCCACCCCAAUUUUGUGCAUAUGACUUGCCAUCUCUUUUGAAUUUGAGCAGCGCCUCACAACGCGUUAUUUGUUUGUUUACUUGAGUUAUAAGUGUGCUCAUUAAAUUUGAUUGACAUGCAAACAAAAGUUAUGGUCGUCAGCAGGAUAGUAUCAACUAUUAUGUUAUUUUUGAAAAACUGUGAAAGUUUGAACACAAAAUAUGAACGCAAUAGCAAUAUGUGUACCAACUCCAUAUACAGUCAGUGUUGCCAAUUGCCGCUGAAUCCCAUUUUAAAAAAAAUAGCUGUAAAAUAGCUUUCGGAGCAGAUGUGGUACACAUGUACCUAAAUAAUAUAAACAAUUUUGAAUCACUUUUAUUUAUCAACGUAGUGAACAGACAUAUAAUAAAGGUACAUUUUGUGUACCUACGGGUAAAAUUUCCUAAGAACAUCAUGAACUUGUAACGGGAAUACACAGCUCAUCUGGCUGCGGAAUAGUCCUGCCUGAGCAGUUGCCAAUGCAUGUUGUACGGUAUGAACGUGAGCGGAAUCUACGCCAGCUAUGUGGAUAGCAAGCUUAUUGGCAUCCAGGCAGAGGAGGCGAAUUUGUAUGUGGUCCGUGCGCUGCGGCAUGUCAUCCAGGAUGUGUUCGCUCAGCUGAGCGCAACGCUGGUGAUAACCGUGGCCACCGGCAGCUGGUCAAUUGGCAAAUGGUUUGAGCAUGUUCUCGGCGAUUUGGUCAGCACCUGGAGCUCUGUCUCAGUGCAGAUGCAGCAUAUCAAUCAUUCGCCCCAUGUGCCCGGACGCAAAUACUGCAAUCUACUGCUGGUCGAUUCCUACGAGGGCUUGCGCUCCACAAAGAUUGCCGAGGACAAUGCGGGCUACGACGAUCACGAGUAUUAUUUCAUAUUUUUGCAGGCGCGCGACGCGCUCAUUCAGCGUGAACUGCAGCUGAUACUGGACCACUGUCUGCAGCACUAUUGGCUGCACUGCAACGUGAUGGUGCAGACGGCCCAGGUGGAGGUGCUCAUCUAUACCUAUUAUCCGUAUACGGCGCAACGCUGCCAGGCGGCAGAGCCGCAGCUGGUGAAUCGGUUCGAUGGCCAGCGCAUGCUGCACGCGCCCAUGUUUCCGCACAAGCUGCAGCAGCUGCAUCAGUGUCCGCUCAGUGUGGUCGUCUGGCACACGCCGCCCUUUGUCGAGCUCAACUGGGAUGCGCGGGCAGCGAAAAUGCGCGCCGCCGGCUUUGAGAUUCGGCUUAUUGAGCAUCUGGCGCAGCGUCUCAAUUUUAGCCUGCUGCUGCACAAUGUCACGCUCGAGACGGUGGCCAGCUACCAGCAGAGCUGGGGUAAUGGCCGCCCUAUGGGUCCCCUAGAGCUGCUGAUGAAGCAGCACGCCAAUCUGAGCGUGGGCAAUUUUCGCAAAACAGCUGGACGCAAUCGCAUCCUGACCUCGCCCGUGGCCCAUUACUAUGCGCCCCUGGUGGCCACUGUGUCUGUCGAACACUUUCGCUUUGGCCGCCUCACGCUGCUACAUUUCCCUUUCCAGUGGUGUGUUUGGCGCACGCUGCUCGCCGCGCUGAUCCUCCAUUGGCUCAUCUAUAUGUGGCGCUGGCGGCACAUGGGUCUGCAGGUGCUGGAGCUGCUGCUGGGCGUGACGCUGGCGCGUUUGCCGCGCUGCUGGCUGCAGCGCAUCAUCUAUGCGCAUUGGCUCUACGGGAGCAUUCCGCUGCGCGUGGUCUAUCAGUCGCUGCUGUUCCAUUUCAUAAGGCUGCAGCUGUUUGGAACGCUGCCGCAAUCCUUUGAGCAGCUGCUGGAACGGAAUUUUCAAGGCAUGUGCACAACCAACAUACUGAGCAUGCUGCGCGAGAUGCCGCAGGUGGCGCGCAACUAUGAGAGCUUUGUGGGCAUCGCAUCGCCGUUCGAUGAGGCUGUACUGGAUGCACUGCAUCGGUCCGGCAACGGUCGCUACUUUGCCAUCACCGGCAUUGACUCGGCCCAUGCCCAUCUGAGCGCUACAAACCGUCGGAGCAGCUACCAUAUACUGACGCAAUAUGUCAAUCUGCAGCAGGUGGUCAUCUAUAUGCCCAAGCACUCGUAUUUCCUGGAACAGUUCAACGAUAUGCUGCGACGUCUCGAUGCCAGCGGCUUCAUUGACUUUUGGCGACGUGCCGCCUUCACCGAGUACAGCCACAGGAACACGCAGCUGCUGCAGCUGGAGCAACAGCAGGAGCAGCAAAACGAACAGCUUAGCCAGCUGGACGGCAUCUACACGCUGAUGGGCGCUCUCUAUGCUCUGGCCAUAUUGAUUUUUGGCGUCGAGCUCCUCUGCCAUCGGCUGACCAAGCCAGCAACGGUGCACCUGGUCAAAGAUUGAUUUGAGUGCACGACUAGGAGAUACCCUAAACUCGGUGUCGAAUUGCCGUUACAAAUAUAUGUAUAUAUAUGCUAA